AUUUCAUCCAAUAUCCAACGGGCUUGAUCAGCCAUAUUGGAAGCUUCGAAUUUUUUAACAAGCGCCUUGUGAUUGGCUAAUUUGCAGGUAGCUCUCAAGGAAACGUACAGCGGUUGCUCGCGCGUGUUUCUGAUUUCUUCUUGCUGACAACUUAGAUGAACAGCGAAUUUGACGAUGUACUGACCAACCAACCGGUUGUCAUUGACAAUGGCUCUGGCGUGAUCAAGGCUGGAUUUGCUGGAGAAGAGCAACCAAAAUGUUUUUUCCCAUCUUUUGUUGGUCGCCCGAAACAUGUUCGCAUAAUGGCAGGUGCGGUCGAAGGAGAUGUGUUCAUUGGCAGAAGAGCUCAGGAACUUCGCGGCUUGCUCAAGAUUAGAUACCCCAUUGAGCAUGGUAUUGUCACCGACUGGGAAGAUAUGGAGAGGAUAUGGCAAUAUAUUUAUACCGACGAGCUGAAGACUCUCUCUGAAGAGCAUCCUGUUUUACUUACCGAGGCACCACUCAAUCCUCGCCAAAACAGAGAUACUGCCGCACAGAUCUUCUUCGAAACCUUCAAUGUUCCUGCUCUGUUCACUUCCGUUCAAGCUGUAUUGAGUUUAUACUCGUCUGGUAGAACCACUGGUAUAGUUUUAGAUUCAGGUGAUGGAGUUACGCACUCUGUGCCUGUGUAUGAAGGAUUUGCUAUCCCCCACGCCAUUCGACGAAUUGAUAUUGCUGGAAGAGAUGUGACUGAAUACCUCCAAUUGCUGUUGCGCAAAUCUGGGUACAACUUCCAUACUACUGCCGAAAAGGAGGUGGUACGCAUCAUCAAAGAGAAGACGUGUUAUAUCCCAGUCAAUCCUGUCAAGGAAGAGAAGGAAACCAGUGGAAAAACCGAUGACUUCAUGCUUCCUGAUGGUAACAUCAUAAAAUUGGGAGCAGAGCGAUUCCGCGCACCUGAAAUUCUUUUCCAACCUGAAUUGAUCGGCCAAGAAUACAUGGGUAUCCACCAAGUCAUUGUUGAUUCCAUCAACCGCGCAGAUCUUGAUCUUAGAAAGUCUCUAUACUCCAACGUCGUCUUAUCCGGUGGUUCAACACUUUGCAGAGGAUUUGGAGAACGACUCCUUUCAGAGGUGAAGAAGUUGGCCUUGAAAGAUAUCAAGAUCAAAAUAUAUGCUCCUCCGGAACGCAAGUACAGCACAUGGAUCGGAGGAUCCAUUCUGGCAUCACUUAGUACUUUCAAGAAGAUGUGGGUCUCGGCUGAGGAAUAUUCUGAAGAUCCUGAUAUUAUACACAAGAAGACUUUUUAAAAAAAAGCCGUAGCCCUCGGCGACCGAUUUGGCGGAUAGGUAUAGGGUAUUUUAGGAUCACCAGUACUGUGCCGUAGAUAUACCACUUUAUUCAUUUUUUACUUCCAUCUUCUAUUCUGUAACUGUCGUUUAUCUUGAUGUCACAGUAUGUCUUUUUUUUUUUUCUUUCUCUCUCAAAUUUUUUAAUAUGGAACAUCGGUUUCUUCAUACAAUGUAUAAUCAAUUGUCCUUAUAUCAUUUGACAUGCUGCUGUCAUUAUGUAACAGCUGGAUCAAUAAAUCUAUUGUGUGCUAGACGAGAGUACAAACGAC